AUGCCGGCACUGGACGUUCCCGAGACCGGGUUGUCUCUCUGCAGAGACAACCCUGCCGGUAAACCUCCCCAGAUCAUGCGGUUGAAUCUGGCCCAGAACACCCUCGACGACCUGAUCCAGACUUUACGAAACGACAAACCCGCCCGAGUUCGCCUAGGGAAGCAUCCGGCUCUCUACUACGGCUCCAAAUCCCAAUCGUUCCACUCCUUCGCCGAAACGCUUCCCUCCGAGAUCUACCGCGGGAGCUCCGCUGACAAAGAGAACCUCUAUUUCACCGGCGUUCUGAGCCACAGCUUGGAGGUGGAAAAGGCUAGGGAGGCGACCGCGGCCACCGACCAGGCCUUGGCCAACCUUGAGCAGAGCCUGAACGCUUUCGAGAGAGGGAAGGAAUCCAGGAAGACUCAUCUGAUUGAAGAUGUCCGGGCUUUGCGAGCGGGUGACGGUCGGUCCGCCAGCGGGCGCCAGGCUGCGCUCUUGGCCGGCCGAUCCUCGAACAAAUCUGAAUUGGAGAAAGACCGGUUGCUGAAAAACGGUGCCUCCAAUCGCUCUCUGACCUCGAGCCCUGCUCUGGGUGUUUCUCGUUCGCCCACCUCGAUUCCUCCCCUCACACCUACCUCCGCUCCGCUCCCACAAAACAAAGAUCGCAUUCGCCUCGACGCCCUCAAGACUCCCUUCGUUCACCUUCUCGCCGUUCGUGCCGUUUCCACCAAAUUCCUCGCCCGCCAGACCCGGGCGUCUCCAGAGGACUGCGAGGCCCUAGCCCAGCAAUACGGCGUCAAAAACCGAAUCAACCCGGAGAAGUUUGACCUCAAGGACCGAACCUAUAAAGAGCUGGACGUGUGGAAAUUCCCAUACCCUUCCCAGGAAGAUCGCCAGGAGGCCAUUGAGAAUGCGAUUUCGGCAUUUGACCGUUUGCGAAUCUCUCGCACCGACAAGCUUUGGCAGACGCUUCUCCCCAAGGAAGAACGCGGCAAGGGCAAAUGUCUCUCGCGGCUGAACUUGCAGACGGGUCCGAAGAAGAAACCGGAGACCCCUAGGAUCCAAGUGCAAAGCGCCGACGACGCGGGCAAGGAGGGUUACACCACCGGCGCGGACACCGAUCGGACCGGUGCAAGUGGCCCUACCGCCAAAAGAAGCGCAGAGCCCACGUCCGCCCCCAAGCCCACUGCGGCGACACAGAAGAAAAAGGUUGCCGAGAAGGACGCCGCCAAGAAGCCUGCCACCAAGAGCAAGACUGCGGGCAACAGCACCUUGACUGGUCGGAUUACCAAGAAGGCCGAGAAGAAGCCGGUGAUCAAACCCGACGGCAAAUUCAAAUCGGCAGAGUAUGUCAAUGAUUCGGACGACGAUGAUACGGACAUUCCAGAUGCGCCACCGGUCGAGAAGCCUAAGCUUGAGAAGGCCAAGCCCAAAGCCAAAGCCCCCAGCAAGCCGAUCGACACCACCCCCCGUGAUUCUUCCCACGCUCCAACGCCCAAGGUGGAGGCUCCCGAGGUUCCACCGUCCAAAUCCGAGUCUUCGCAGAUCUCCAAUAAAUCCGUCUCGUCGAAGAGACUGCCAUCUUCCCGGGGCCCCGGCCAAAAGUCUCCCCAAAAGCCCUCGCCGCUUGGCUCUUCGCCCCCAACCAAUGCCUCCGAGCUGCAGAACCGCAGUCGCUCUUCCAGUCAAAACAACACCAGCAGCUCUUCGUCCUCUUCUCCGUUGAUCACGCAGGUCGCCAAGACCAAGCAAGCCACCAAGACGCUGCCUGCCCCCGCAAAACUGGUCAAGACCAACGGAGUUGUGAAAUCGACUCCGACUCCGGUGGCAAACCCUUUGAAGCGGAAGGCAGAGUUGGAGCGGCCAGCGGUGACUCGACCUCUCGCGGCCGGACGGACCACUGGAGACUUGGAGCACAAGCGACGACGGGCUGUGAGCACGUCGAGCGGCAGCACCGGCAGCGCAUCACCUCCCCUCAGCCGGGAGAUCCUUUUCCAGCAGCUGCGGGACAAAUCGCAGCUGUUCAAGCAAAACUAUGCCAAGUACCGCACGUUGCAUGAUUCCAUGGCGUCCCAUCCAGACCCUCCGCGGGCGGACGUGGAACGUUUGCAAAGGCAGCACGCCAAAUUGCAGCGCAUGAAAAAAGAGAUCUGGGACGAAGACCGUCGUCUCCGAGACCGGCUAUCAUAA